AUUGAAAGUAACUUUUUGUUACCCUUCCUGCCAGAAGCCAUGGCUGCAGAGAGCCCUGCGGAAAGUCUCCGGGAUGAACUUUCUUGUCCCAUCUGCCUGGAGUAUUUCACAGACCCGGUGACUAUCGAGUGUGGGCACAACUUCUGCCGGGCCUGCAUCAGCCAGUGCUGGGGGGAGUUAGAAACAAACUUCUCCUGCCCCCAGUGCAGAGAAACCACCCAGCAGAGAAACCUGCGGCCCAACAGACAGCUGGGGAACGUGGUGGAGUUAGUGAAACGCCUGAGGUUCCAGGCGGUUACAGAGCCUGAGGGAGAGAGAGUGUGUGAGAGGCACCAGGAAGCUCUGAAACUCUUUUGUGGGGAGGAUCAAACCCCCAUCUGUGUGGUGUGUGAUAAAUCCAAGGCUCACAGAUCUCACACGGUGGUUCCCAUAGAGGAGGCUGCCCAGGAGUACAAGGAACAAUUUCAGACCCGACUGCAGGCUCUGAAAAAAGAGAGAGAAAAGCUCCUGGGAUGGAAACUGACUGGAGAGAAGAGAAGCUCACAGUACCUGGGAAAGACAGAAGCUGAGAGAGAGAAAAUUGUGUCUCAGUUUAAGCAGCUGCACCAGUUUCUGGAGGAAGAAGAGCGACUCCUGCUGGCCCAGCUGGGAGAGCUGGAGAAGGAGAUUGUGAAGCUGCAGGGUGAAAAUAUCACCAAAGUCUCCGCGGAGAUUUCCCGUCUCAGCGAGCUGAUCAGUGAGAUGGAGGGGAAGUGCCAGCAGCCAGCGAGUGAAUUCCUGCAGGACGUCAGAAGCACCUUGAGUAGGUGCGAACAGGGGAAGUUCCAGCAGCCGGUGGAGAUUUCUCCUGAUCUGGCAAAGCGACUUGGUGAUUUUACCCAGAAAAACAUUGUAUUAAAGGAGACUCUGAAGAAAUUCCAAGACGCUCUGAUGUUUGAACUGCAGACAGCAAUGAAUGUGACUCUGGAUCCAGCCACAGCUCCUCCCUGGUCCUAUCUGUCUGAGGUUCAGAAAAGUUUGAGAUGGCGAGGCAGACGGGAGCUAGGGCCAUCAGGCAUCCGGGUCAUACGCAGCAUGCACAGCGGUGUAAGGCCCCCCAAUAUUUGGGGCACCCCUGGGUCUUAGUGUCCACCUUCCGCGUCUUCCUAUCCCUGUUCUGACCCUUCCUGCAGGCUCCCACCACAGCUGACUGCUGCAGCCUGGCCAGUCUUCCUCUGGGUAUGAUCUAGUAUCUUAGGCUUUGUCUACACUGCCAAUUGAAGGGCAAAAAUUUUGUUGUUCAUAGGUGCUUAAAGAAGCCUCCCCUUCCCUACCCCCAGAGAAAAAGUUUUGCCUUGGCAAGUGGCAGUGUAAAUGGCUCCUUGUCGGCAGGCGCGCUCUCCUGUCCACAACAAGAACCCCACUCGUAGCAGGUGGAAGUAUUUUGUCCGCAAGAGUGCUGACAAACAGGGUUUACACUCCCCAGCUUUUAGCAACAGGACCAUGUCAACAUGGCCGUGUUCCAAAAGCUGUGUAGUAUAGAAAAAGGCUUAAAAAUGAAAAGGCCUCCAGCCUGCCAGACCAAUUAUCACAACAUUGAAACUGUUAAAGAGCCAUUCAAGUGGUCAUGAAGCCAUUUAACAGGCAUUUGCCAACCCCCUGGUAUGUACUGUUAGUUUCUGAAUUUACUGACAAAAACAGUUGUGCAUGAUUGUAUCGCUUCUCGGCCUUUUGGCUACAGGGGUGAAAACAUUAUCUCAGUUUACUCAGAACAUGUCAGUCUACAGGACCUUAGUUUAAAUUUUGCUUUAAAAAUAUUUCAUUAGUGAGUUAGUGAAGAUUAUAAAAUCACAUCUCUAAA